AUGCCAGCGACAUCCACAUCCCGGGCACCAGGACCAGCUUGUGAAACCUGUCGCAGGAGAAGCCGGAAGUGUGAUAGAGAGCGUCCGCAAUGUAGCAGAUGCUUGACCAAAGGAUUGGUCUGUGAGGGCUACCCGACACAGUUUAAGAUUCUCGGCCUAGAUACGGGGCCCAAGGCUUUUAAAAGCAACAACACCCAGAAACGAAAGCGAGCGCCGCCCAAGCCGAAGAAGCGGAGUUCGAAUUCGAAUUCGAAUACAGAAAGCGGCUCAAAACUUCCUCCAUCCAAAAAAUUCAACGUUGCCCCCAUUCCACCACCAGCCUCCGGGAGCAGCCCGCACCAGGGUGGUCCUUCCAUAUUUCAGACGACGACGACACCGCCAAUCACGAGCUUCUCAUCACCUCCAGCCAACUCCCAAUGUUCCAGCAGCAGCCCUUCUUCCGCCUCCUUUGCGUCGUUUACGCGGUCGACCCAACUUGACCAUAUCCUAGCACAAGAACAGACGUGGACCCGUCUCAACCAUUUCGAGAAUUCAUUGUGCGAGAUCCUCAGCGUCCAUACCACCAUGACCACCAAUCCUUUCCGGGAUCACAUCAUUCCACUUGCCAACCAGCACUCUGGUCUUUUGCACGCCGUGCUUGGACUAUCAGCCUGCCAUAUGAUCAAUUCAGGUAUUGACAAUACACCAAAAGCUCACACGGCGGCUCUGGAGCAUAGGCUAUCGGCGAUCCAGGAACUAGGCGCCCUCCUCCUCAAGGAAGAGUGUUUUGGGUUGGAGGACACGGAGGAGGUGCUUUCGUUGGCGAUCGUCCUGAUCUUGGUGCUGCACGACAUUUGCGAAUCCGGAAAGUCGUUUCACGGAGCUCACCUGAACGGCGUCGCGUUUCUUUGCGCCAGAAUCGUUGCGGGACCGACGACCCCGUCUCCGACCAAAACCUUUUUGUUGGCCGCCCUUUCAUGGUUGGAUAUCCUUCGAGGAUUCACCGGCGCCGAGAAGCUGGCAUUCGCCCCUAGUGUCCGCGACUUUGUCUACUUUGCGGACGGCUUCCCGCUCGAGACGGCCGUCGGUUGUCCAGCCGAGCUGUUUCGAACCGUCGGUCUGGUUCUUGAGUCUGGGAAGGCUUACCGUGCACAGGAACUGAGCACCGAUGAUUUCGUGGCGGAUCUCGAAGAUGCCGAGGAGAGGAUGCGGAAGUGGGACGUCGACCAGAACGUUUACCCUACCCAGGAUCCCGAGUGGAAAUUGCUCGCCGACGCCUAUCGCCACGUCUGCCUUUUACGCAUCUUGAGAUUUCCAAACCCGUUCCAGACACCUUGUACCGAUACCAGGAUCGUGGAAUCCGUGGAAAGCAUCCUCGACGACUGUGCCAAGAUGCCUUGGUCGUCGUCGAUGUACAAGCGGCUUCUGUUCCCCCUGUUCAUGGCCGGUGCCGACACCGUUUCGGUCCACCGCCAGCACUACGUCAAGAUUUGCAUCGCCGAGAUCUUGGACAAGACGAAAUUCCCGCAGCCCGCGGUGAUGGAAAUCCUCGACGCCGUCUGGCAAGCGCGGUCGUCCUUGGAGGUGGAGAGCCCCCUCGCCCAGCAAGAGCAAGGGAACGUUCCGUGGAUGGAAUUUACGUGUUCGACGUCGCUCAAGAAGCAGCACGAUUACUUGUUCUUUUAG